ACAACCAUCGCCGAGGUGUGUAACGGAUAUUACGACUGUGUAGCAUACGGGGGCAUCAAAAGUCUCGUACACUUCAACCACGCCGGUCGCUUCUUUCCCACUGUUUCGUGUGUUGCGUUUUCGUGGUGCGGAAAAAGUUAGGAGGUCGCAUCCCGCCGUGCACAAAUAUGGCCAACAUUGAUUCCGGUGCGCAUCGUAGAAUCAAGGAGAAAAAGUCUUUCGCUACUAACCAUCCUCCAGCAGCAACCGAUGGUCACGGCGAGGCUGAACAGAGUGUGGCGCUGGAGGAAGCAAAAGUGUCCAGUACUGGUACAGAUAGUACAGGUAGUCUGACUAAUGCUGCCGUUGCCAGCAGUACACCCACUGCACGACGACGUGCCCCGAUCGAGUUGGAAACGGAGGACAAGCUGGAGUACCGCUUCGUGCCAGCCGGCAGCGGAGUGGUCAACUUUAAGGUGCGCGCACCGAACGAUGCACACAUCGCCCUUACCACCAACCCGGAGGAGUCGGAUCCCAUGCUGGAGGUGUUUAUCGGUGGGUGGAAAAACACGAAGUCGGUCAUCCGAAAGAACCGCACCAAGCCGGACGUUGCGGAGGUGGAAACGCCCGACAUACUGAAUGCUGGAGAGUUCCGUGGCUUUUGGAUCCGUUGGCUCGACAAUGUGAUUACGGUCGGUAAUGAAGGAUCGGCUGCCGCCUUUCUGUCGUACGAAAAUCCAGAACCAUUCCCGAUCAAUUGUGUCGGCGUUUGUACCGGGUGGGGCGCUACCGGCUCGUGGCUGAUUGAGCCAGCAUCGGAACAGGCGAGCCCAUCGGCCCCAACGGCUGCUGCGCUGCGUAGUGGUGGUGGUGCGGCCUGUUGGGUAGCGGCCGCCAACGGUGAGAUUCCACCGAACGCUGUCGUUGGUGGUAGCGAUGGAGAGGAUAUGUUCAUUGGGCGUGCCCAGCACGAGGGUGGAAUUAUUCCGGGCAAGGUGGUAGCAUCGCACGGUGUGUGCUACAUUGCGUGGGGCGGUGUAGAAAACCCGAAGGCAGAGUACGAAGUGUUGUGUGAUUUCAACGGGGAGUUUGUUCCGGGUAACGGUGGAGAGAUUCCGCCGACCGCUCUGCCGGCGGGCGAGUCCGAGGAUGGUGAACCACUGUUCAUUGGACGCGUGACACACGAGGGCACGGUGACGGUGGGCAAGGUACAGCCGUCCCAUGGCGUUUGCUACAUUCCGUACGGUGGCCAGGAGCUCGCGUUUGCCGAGUACGAAAUCUACGUCAGUCCUUAGGACGCUAAAUGGGAAGGUUUCGUUAGUAGGAGGUUCACGCCCCCCCACAAGCACACACACACACACACUUACUCACACACGCAUAUUAACGCACAGCCAAAAACCGUCGAGCUUACUUUUAAAAAGCAUGCUUGCAGUUGUUAACACCAUGUAGCUCCUUAAAAUAUAUUUAUAAUACCCCCGAGCCGAUAACAGUAUGAAAGGAAUGCAACAACAAUGUUCGAAUAAAGUAAAUUAUCUAAAGUAACGAAUAAA